AUGCAAGGGAAGUGCCGGUACGGAGUGGUCUCCGCCGGCUGCGCAGAGCUGAGCCACCGACGGACUCUGGAGGCCCCCUUUGCCAAGGAUCUCCUAUGCUCUUGGGAUAGAUUAGUCCAUACUCUCUACAUGUGUGGACGUAGGCAGCAACCACCGUCAUCCGGCUCGUCGCCGCUCAAACAGGGAGCUAAUGACAGCCACAGACCACUCAAAGCCCAAGUCGCUAUCCGUGACCACUGGACCAAGGCGGACAGCCCCGUCCAAACCUCGCUCCGCGAGUUACAGGAGCUGCUCGGUCGGACGAUCGUGGUGGAGCCGGAAUGGCGGAUUCUCGUCGCCGAACUGGACACCUUCUACGAUGACAAGACCAACCUCGUUACCUCGGUUGCGGGUUGUGUCAGGGCGUGGGCCAGAAGCAUGACGGAGCUCCUCGAUGACGAGGCACACGCCGACUGGACCGAAGAGGUUCUUGUGAAGACGAGUGGGGAGAUGUGGGUAUUUGUAGAGGUGGCCACCUCGGCGAAGGCGGCGACGACGUGGUCUGAGCAGCGCGGCGGCUUUGUCGUGAGCCUACCUAAAAAGCAGGUGUACCAACCAGCGGAACUGUUUCCCACCUUUCGACAGGACCUGUUGGCGUGUUUUGCCAAAAAGGACGAGCCUCAUCCGCCGCAGAUCAGGGAGGCCGGGGGGGCAGAUGACUGGGAAGGUGUCGAGGUCAAUACAUCCACCGGCACGCCGGAGGUGGUAGAAGCUCCAACAAGGACUGUCACAUUAAGACCUCAGGCCGAGUUCAUGCCUGAUGUGGCCUCCCUGCCACGGCCCGACCAACUCUUUCUCCAGCCGCCCUACCAUCUUACUCUGUUCCAGAGCAGCCUGCUGAUCGAGCUGCACGGCAGCCACAGCCCAAGCCUAAAGUUCCUUGCGGAGUACCUGAAGCGCUGGUGCCGGGUUAACCACGCCGACACAAGAAAUCCACCCGGCGUCCAGAUAAACCUGCAUCAGUCCGCCUUUGGGCUGGGUGAAGUGUUUGACCGCCUGACACUCAGCACCGAGGAGACAAAGUACACCAACCAGUUUACUGUGACGGCCCCGAUGGUUGUCUCCCUCAUCGAGGGAAUACUGGGGUACAAGUUGAUUUCGACGGACGGCAGGUGGAAUUUCCGAAGAGAUACAGCAUUCAAGACACUGUAG